AACGGCCCGACAUGGAAGGAUCUAGCGGCUCCAGCUUCGGGAUCGACACGAUCCUGUCCAACCCCAGGUCCGGCAGCCCCGGAGGGAUGAACAACGGCGGCGGCGGCGACUUUAGAGGCGCCCUCGGCGGAGAUUUCCCUUCCUCGCCUUGUUCGGAAAUAGACACAGUGGGCACGGCGCCUUCCUCGCCCAUCUCGGUGACGGCGGAGCCUCCCGAGCCGCAGCAGCCGCAGCCCGACGCCCUCCCGACGCCCCAGCACCCGCUCCACCUCCCGCAGCCCUCGCCUCAACAGCAGCAGCAGCAGCAGCCCUUAGGGCCGGGCGGGGGCUCGGCGCCCAGGACUUCCACCUCUUCCUUCCUCAUCAAAGACAUUCUGGGAGACAGCAAGCCCUUGGCGGCCUGCGCGCCUUACACCACCAGCGUCCCGUCCCCGCACCACACCCCCAAAGCCGAGGGCCACGCGGCCGGAGAGGGAUUCCGGCCCAAGCUCGAGCAGGACGGCGGCAAGCUGGACAAGCGGGACGAGGCCCAGAGCGAGCUCAAGUGCCACGGGGCGAAAGAAGAAGGCGACCGGGAGAUUUCCAGCAGCCGGGACAGCCCCCCAGUGAGAGCCAAGAAGCCCCGCAAAGCCCGCACCGCCUUCUCCGACCACCAGCUCAACCAGCUGGAGAGGAGCUUCGAGCGGCAGAAGUACCUGAGCGUCCAAGACCGCAUGGACCUGGCCGCCGCCCUCAACCUCACCGACACCCAGGUCAAAACCUGGUACCAGAAUCGCAGGACCAAGUGGAAGCGGCAGACGGCCGUGGGCCUGGAGCUGCUGGCCGAAGCGGGCAACUACUCGGCCCUGCAGCGGAUGUUCCCGUCGCCCUACUUCUACCACCCGAGCCUGUUGGGCAGCAUGGACAGCACCACGGCGGCUGCGGCGGCGGCGGCCAUGUACAGCAGCAUGUACCGGACUCCGCCAGCGCCCCACCCGCAGCUCCAGCGCCCCUUGGUGCCCCGCGUCCUCAUCCACGGCCUGGGGCCCGGCGGGCAGCCCGCCCUCAACCCCUUGGCCAACCCCCUCCCGGGGACCCCGCACCCGCGGUGAGGCCGACUCGGGAAACACCCCCACGCACCCACUGUUUACCCUCUCCAAGUCCACUUCCCUCCCUCGAAAAACCUCCCGAGAAAGCGAGGAGCCAACUUUGGGAACUCAAAAGCGCCCCCCCCCCUCCCGCCCGACUCUCCUUCUUCUUGAAAAAUGAUACUUUUGGGGGUUCAAAAGUGUCCCAGAAAAAGCGACGUGGGGUGGAAGAGGAGGAGAGAAAGAGCCAAAGACUCUUGAGUGACACAAAGAGAGAAGAGGUGCCCCCUUUCUUUUCUUUCUUUCUUCCUUUCUCUCCCCCGAAGAAGACGACGGAGAAGUUUGCACUGAUUUCUCACGACUCCCUCCUCCCGCUUUUUCUUUACCCCCCGAAAAAGUGGCAUGCUCUGCUCCGUGUUCUAUAAAUAGAUAUAUAUCUAUAUCUAUAUAGAAGUAUAAAUAUAUAUAUAUGGAUAUGUACAUUUUGAACAGGCUGGUGUGCGAAGUGAUAUAUCUUAUUUAUUCUAUGUCGUCCGAAAACAAAAAAAGGGGGUAAAACAACCCCGAGUCACUGAUACGCUUUAGUUCGAAGGACAACAGAAAGACACUGCAGCAAAGGCAAAAAAAGAAAGAAAGACACACAAAAAGAUCUCUUUUCCCCCUCCCCUCUCCUUUUUUCAUGCUCUUUUUUUGGGGAUUUCAGUAAAGGCUUAGGUGGCAGCGAAAAAAAUUAUGAAUAAUUAUAUAUAUAUAGAUUUUUUUGAAGGCUGAAAAUGGCAAAACGAUGUGAAAAAAAUAAAUAAACUUUUAUCUUUUUGUAAACAAA